AACAUCAACCGAUAACUCAAAGCAUGCACCUUUAGUGCUCGUCAAAAACCAAAAAACAUGCAUCUUUUGUGACAUGUUAUAAUUUCGUAUGCAGUUAUUUUUCAUGUCUUAAAAAUAAGGUUUUGAGAGGAACCUGGCAUUAGUUGCUACCUUUAGGGACCUAUGAAACAUGGGAGGGUUAGUAGUACUGAUAUGCAUAGUUGUUUCAUGGAUAUUCAUACAUAGAUGGAGUCAAAGAAACAAGAAAGGUCCAAAAACUUGGCCCUUUUUUGGAGCUGCUAUUGAACAAUUGAUGAACUAUGACAGAAUGCAUGAUUGGCUAGUCAAUUAUUUGUCCAAAUCAAAAACUGUUGUGGUUCCUAUGCCUUUCACAACUUAUACUUACAUUGCUGACCCUAAUAAUGUAGAACAUGUACUCAAGACCAACUUCAAUAAUUAUCCUAAGGGUGAAGUGUACCAUUCAUAUAUGGAAGUGCUUCUUGGAGAUGGGAUAUUUAAUGUUGAUGGUGAGACUUGGAAGAAGCAAAGGAAAACUGCAAGCUUAGAGUUUGCAUCCAGAAAUUUAAGGGAAUUUAGCACGAAAGUUUUCAAGGAAUAUGCCUUGAAACUUUCUGCUAUUCUCAGUCAAGCAUCUAUCCUUAACCAAGAAAUAGACAUGCAGGAACUGUUGAUGAGAAUGACUUUGGACUCCAUAUGUAAGGUUGGAUUUGGAGUGGAAAUUGGAACACUGUCUCCCAAUUUGCCAAAGAACAGUUUUGCUGAUGCAUUUGACACUGCAAAUAUCAUAGUAACACUUCGUUUCAUUGAUCCACUUUGGAAGAUUAAAAAAAUGCUAAGUAUAGGAUCUGAAGCACAACUUGAUAAGAGUAUCAAAGUUGUUGAUGAUUUCACCUACUCAGUAAUUCGGAAAAGGAAGGCAGAGAUAGAAGAUGUCAGAAAAAGUGGGCAACAAAAUCAGAUGAAGCAUGAUAUAUUAUCAAGAUUCAUAGAACUAGGAGAAAGCAAUGCAACGGACAAGAGUUUGAGAGAUAUUGUGUUGAACUUUGUGAUUGCUGGUCGAGACACAACUGCAACAACCCUGUCAUGGGCCAUCUACAUGGUAAUGACACAUGCUCAUGUUGCUGACAAACUUUACCAGGAGCUGAAACUUUUUGAGGAGCAUCAUGCAAAAGAAGAGAACAUUUCCUUGCCUCAAUGUGACAAAAAGGACUCAGAAUCAUUCAAUCAAAGAGUAGAACAAUUUUCAAGGCUUUUGAAUAAAGAUUCACUAGAGAGAUUGCACUAUCUGCAUGCUGUGAUAACAGAGACCUUAAGAUUGUAUCCAGCAGUUCCUCAGGAUCCUAAGGGCAUAUUAAAGGAUGAUGUAUUGCCAGAUGGAACCAAAGUAAAGGCAGGGGGAAUGGUAACAUAUGUUCCAUACUCUAUGGGAAGGAUGGAAUAUAAUUGGGGUUCUGAUGCAGCUUCAUUUGUCCCUGAGAGAUGGUUCAAAGAUGGUGUUCUAAAAAAUGAGUCUCCAUUCAAAUUCACUGCUUUUCAGGCAGGUCCUAGGAUAUGCCUUGGCAAGGACUCUGCAUAUCUGCAGAUGAGGAUGGUGCUAGCUAUUUUGUGCAGAUUUUACAAGUUCAACUUGGUGCCAGGUCAUACAGUGAAAUAUAGGAUGAUGACAAUAUUAUCAAUGGCUCAUGGUUUGAAAGUUACCAUACACAAACGUUGUUAGACAUGUUUUCA